UUAUAAAUAUUUCUGCAUAUCGAUCUGUUUCUAUCCAUCCUAUGUUUUGUUGUUUCUAUAUAUAGGUAAAUAUAUAUUUCGAGUUUUACGUCCGGUUCCCAAGCCGUUAAGCAUUGUUCCUCCGAACACUAGGCGAAGUGUGUCUACACCGGGUCUCGAACCUAGACCACCCCAUAUCCCUAAGCUCAAGUAGGUAAAUCAGUGCGCCAUAACGGAGCAAGUUUGAUCCGUCUACAAGUCGAUGCAGAUAAGAUGCGCGAAUGAAGAAGGACCUAGAACUGUGCAGUUAAAGGCUAAAAGCAUUGAUGUCAAAAACUGCACAGAUAUAGCCUGAUGAUAAUCAUAUAGAAAAACCGAACGUGUCAAUAUGCUGUUGCCUGCUCUCAUGGUGAUGGUAAUGUGGCUAUCGGAUUGAUUGUUUGAUCCACGGCAGCAAGCGUGAUGCGAUCGAUCGGGCCGAUCUUUUCCUUCGUAUUAUGUGCAGCGUCUCCAAGCAGCUCUCUUGCGUUCUGUAGCAGUUUCGUGCGCUUACAAGUUCAUUCCUAAAACAUCAAAGAUAUACGAUUCGACGACGACGACGACGACGACGGCGACGGCGACGGCGACGGCGACGACGGCGGCGGCGGCGGGAACGGCAACAACAGCAGCAAUAGUUCUGAGGGGUCCGCCCCGCCCGUAUCAUGUAAACCUGGCACAGAUCAUCAAAAUCUUCCAUUUGUCAUCUGUUUAACGCGCACAUAUAUUACAAAUGGUCAGCUAACGAGCCUUAAAUAUAUGUCAGAAGUUUGGUACUAGUAUAGAAAAUAGCGCCACUGAACGACAGUAGGAAUUUAUCACGGUCGGAAAUACCAGACAAGCGACAAGUGUUCGUUAUAGUGAAAAGUGAGCAAAUAGUGACUUUACCGGUGCCGGUACUGAGCGGUGGUUCCACAGAGCAACAACAACGACUUUAUGCGACAGUUAUUGGAGCGUCGAAGACUACAUCCCGUUGGGCCCACGUUCGUCGGCCCCUUAGCGUCUAACGUUUGACCGGCUUUCCUGGCGUUUUGCUAUUACCAGUCAGCAUCGGCCAGUAAAUCGUUUCUGCGAUCGAAACUGAUCCCGUGGUCAAUUCUGACCGUUGUGGCAACGUCAUUAGCUAAACUGCCAUCGCUAGAGCUGAACCAACAUGAGCUUUUAGCUAUCCAGUAAACAAGUGAAGCGGUACUUCUUUAGCAUCCCUAGAUUCCGCCCUUGCUUUGCAGUUUGAUAUUUAUACUUUGCCUACAUUCUGCUGUACUAAGCAACUGCAGCAUGGUUGCUCACUAACCUCAUCGGGCGUCCGACCCCCCGUGGGAAGUGUACAGACAGACCGGUUGAACUUCACGUUUACUUCGAGCUUGGAGUUGGAAACAAAGCGCUUAUAACGGAGAAACGAGCGCGCUUAAUGCGAAAAGUUUUCACUAGUGGACUUUUAUGGCGUUCGUUUUACAAAAAUGAAGUGGAACAUGACAGUGUCCUUACUCGCGAUGCUAGUCCUGAUGAUGGCAGUACUGCCAUUGGCUCAUUGUCAGCACAUCGCCCCCGAGGAGCUCGAUCAGGCGUUCGCUCAGGCCGCCGCAGAUCUUGCCGAGAACACACGGCUACAACAGAGAGCUGUCGAUCUCGGCAAAAUCGUCAGUGAUAUGGAAGCCUCAGCAUCACGUAAACAUCAACGGACGACGUAUGCCGCUAAACGGGCUAAGGCCACCAUCGAUCAGGGUUUCCUCUUCAACGCCGCUACGCUUGCUUUGUUAAAAAGUGGUCAUUUCGCCCGUGAGGAUGUUGGCGGCCUGAGUUCGCUGUCACUUGACCAUUCGUUAUUGGCUAAGCAGGCUCAGGACAAGUGUAAUGCCGAACAGGACAUUGCGAUCUGUCAAAAACAGGCGUUCCAGACCCACGAUGGCACCUGCAACAACCUCCUUAAUCCCCAGUGGGGUAUGGCUAACGCCUGUCAACUCCGGUUACUUGAACCCGCGUAUGAAGACGGUGUCAGCCUGCCUCGCCGUUUCAUGAGUAACGGUGAUGAACUUCCAAAUCCCCGUUUUAUUUCUGAAAAACUGCUUGAAAUCUUAGGCGAGGAGGAUCUCGACCCUCAAUAUACUCAUCAGAUUCAAGGCUUUGGACAGUUCCUUGAUCAUGAUAUGAUUCUCACCCCUACGGCCCGUAUCGGAUCUAACGGAUCUAUGCCCCAGUGCUGCCCUUUCGAUACCAACCAGAUUUCGCAAUGUUUUCCCAUCUAUAUUCGUCCCGGGGAUCGUUUCUUUAGUAAAGUGUCGAGCAAAUGUAUGAACGUCGUUCGUUCUGGACCUUGUCCCACCUGUACUCUAGGCUACCGUCAACAAAUUAACGCUGAAACGUCAUACAUUGACCUAUCGAAUGUGUAUGGUCUCAACGAUACGCAGAACCGUCAAUUGCGCAACCUUGACGGUAGUGGUGAGUUAACUUCGCAGGGAAUAGGCCUUCUGCCGCCUACUGAGACACCUAUUAACGAUGGUUGCUCGGAUCUGCAGACAAACCGUUUGUGCUUCCGAGGUGGCGAUAUUCGGGUCAACCAGCAGAUUGGGAUAACCUCGCAGACGACAACGUGGCAUCGUCAACACAAUUAUAUUGUUCGUCGCCUUCGGGCCAGACAUCCCCAUUGGGAUGAGGAGAUCUUGUAUUUCACUGCUCGUCGAAUCGUUAUCGCCCAGAUGCAGAUGGUGACGUACAACGAGUUCCUGCCUAAGGUCAUUGGUAAGGAGUACAUGCGUAAGUAUGCUCUUGACUAUACGGGGCCGACCAAGUAUAACCCAGACAUCAACCCUGGAAUUAUAAAUGAGUGGGGAGUCGCAGCUUACCGUUACGGUCAUGCAACCAUUCGUAAUUCGUUCUGGGCCGUCGAUUUGAAAGGCCGCCUCGAGCGCGAGAUUCCUAUGCGUGACUCGUUUAACCGGGUCCUCAAUUUCUACAACCCACUUGAAAACGAUAAGAUCAUGCUUGGCUUUUCGGUGCAACCAAUGAAAAAGUUUGGGCCUUCGUUUGUGACUGGAGUCACCAACGACCUUUAUCGUCCGCUUAACGUGUCUUUUGGCAUGGACCUGCCAGCCAUCAACGUCCAACGAGGUCGUGAUCACGGUAUUCCUGGCUAUACCAACUAUGUGAAGCUUUGUUCAGGACUCAAUGUGCAUUCGUGGGAGGACCUAGCGCCAAUUUUCAAGCCGAAGUGCGCUGUGGCUCUUCGAGAUCUUUACGCCGCCCCUCAAGAUGUUGAUCUUUUCAUUGGAGGAAUCUGCGAAACGCCUCUCCCCGGUGCCAUUGUCGGUCCCACGUUUGGAUGCAUCAUCGGUACACAGUUCCACAAUGCUCGAUAUGGAGAUCGUUUUUUCUUUACACACGAAGGCGAGCACACUUCAUUAACGCCUGAGCAGCAGCGCGCGAUUCUCGAAUCGACACUCUAUGCCAAAAUCAUCUGUGAUACCUCUGAGGGCAUCAAAAACAUACACGAGGACGUGUUCACGCAGAUUUCGGAACACAACCCGAUCAAUCCAUGCAGUAGCUACCCUAGCAUCGACCUGACACCGUGGGACUAAACUAUAGACUCUGCGCCACGCUUCAUAGUGUUUCGUUCCCGUUCCGAAACCCAGAGGUUAAUGAAUAGAUGUAGAAGGAAAACUGAACACAUUCAUAUAAACCCGACCAACCAAAAAAUAAAAUAAUCGAGCGUACGUUAAGCGCGCAACCAACCAUGUGAACACCUUCCGCAAGGCCAUAUAAUACGACGGGCCGAUAGGACUAGCCAAUUAAACACCAGCCUGACGCUCAUACAAACAGUGAUAGAUUUCAUUGUGAUUGAUGCGUUGCCUCGGCGUAACGGUUCGAGCUACGAAUCAAUUUCGAGAUGUCGCCAAUUAUUUUUUGUUAUUACUUUUUGACGUCAUGGGCGCUUUGCUUAGCAACGAUUUGCCUGUUGUUCUAGGUCAGCCUGUGAUGGCCGUCUAGGGGUCGUACACCUGUUGUUACCUCGAUUGUUAUCGAUCCGGUUAGCUGAUGCUGGAGAAACUGCUUACGAAUUGUCAGUGUCUUAUUCAACCUAUUUUUGGUCUAACGGUAGUAUGUUACAGUAACAGCAACUAAUGAUGUUAAAAUAUUCAUGAGUGGGGCCAAAGCUGCGCCUAGGUAGGUAAAGCAGGGGGAUCUAAAUGACGUCAGCAUUAGCGGUAACGACGGUAACAAAGACGCUGAAGAACGACAAAAUAAUGAUUGACAUUGGUGCCGACGAAUCUCUAUAUAAUUAGGCAUCUGCUAUUUAAUCGCAUCGAUAUGUAGGUCAAUUUCAUGAUCGGGCCGAAAGCUAUUUUCGCUCAUCGAAGUACAUAUAAAAAAGCACCAAGCAUCUAUUUGGCUAAGACACUGCUGAAAGCUUGUUAGGAAACAUGGCGGCCGUUGCUAAGUGCAGAUUUAGGCUAAUGAGAAAGCCAGCAUUAGUAAAAGUAUUGACAAAUGUAUUGAUUGAAAGCGAAUUGUUUAGGGAUAAAAUAAGCAAUCACUUGAAAUGAACGGCACCCAACACCGCAUCGACCUGAUCGACAAAGUCCAAAUCAUCAGGUGCUUUGGAUAAAUCUUAACAUCCUCAACCAUUCCUUUUGUGCUGCCCUGUGACCAGCAGCCAUCUUUUUGUAGCUCGUUACUUCGAUUUGAAGUUUGCCUUCUUUCUUGUUCCAUACGAUACUGGCUCUAUAGAACCCGGAUUUGUGUUAUAUAUUAAAACAUCUAUCGAUAACGGCAUAAAAAAGAGCGUUCAAAACACGAUUCAAUCGGCGGACAACAUACAAAAGCAAUUGGCCGAGGAGCAAAAAAUUGAAGUGAUCAGUCGGUACCGUUUGUCUUCGUGUGUAUAUAUAUUUUAUUAGUAUGACGAUAAACAUGAGGGCUAAGUAGAUGUUGACCUGUUACCGUCAAAAUAUUAUAUUGCGAUGAACCUGAAUAACGGUGCCGUUACAAACAGCGAGGCACAACAAAAUACAAUUGCAUAGUAAAGAAGAAAUGAGAUCAAGACGGAUACCCCCCUUCUUUGAACGCUAAGUUGAUAAUAUAGUGUGGGGGUUGAAUCCGAAUUGUGCCAGCACAAAGAUAAGGACAAUGAAGUAUCGAAUGUGGUUGACUGACAAAAAACCUAUGAGAUGAGAACGAGUCGAGCUGACGUUAAUAUUCAGUAUAAUAAUAAUAAUAAUAAUAACAUUAAUAAUAAUAAUAAUAAUAACGAUGUUGAAGACUGAUGGUGGUUGUAAUGAAACAUUAUUUAUGAAAAAAAGGACGAAAAAUAUUCUAUAAUAAAAUUACUAGAUAAAGUCGA